AUGGGGUAAAGUUGUAUCCAUUCCUCUGUAUGUUACUAGAAGCUGAUUUAAGAAUUUAAGCAAUAAAUAAUUAAGAAGAAUGCAAUUUCAUUAUACUUCUCCAUAAAUAAUUGUUUAUUAUCAGUUUUUAUAAAGAUUAAUAAAAAAAUAUAACAAAAUUAUUAUAUUGGUAUUUAUAUUAAUUUAUGAAAGGAACUCAUUAAAUUAAUUAAGCUAUUUUAUUUGAAUAUCCAUCUUCAUGGUUGGUCGUUGUAUCAAACCUUUUAGAAUUUAAAUAUGUUGAAACAUUAUAAGUAAUAAAAUAAUUCAGAAUCAUUAGGAAACAAAGAUGAUUUUAGAGAAUUGUUGA